UUGGGAGUUGCUUUUCUUUCGCAAGUCGAGCAUUCGGAUUCGGCUGUCGCGUGGUUUCUGAUCGCAUCGUAUGUUUAUGGUGCCGAUGGUGUGGUACUUUGUAGUGCCCCGACAGUCAUGCUUCCCAUCCUAAAUGUUGCCACACGCUGUCAAGCUAAAUCUUUGUACAAAGUCAAGGCGUAGAAUCACAUGGCAUUUAGUCAGGCACCUGAGCAAGACCUACUACGAAGUGUUGGGAGUCAAGAAUGACUGCACACAGAAGGAGGUCAGGGACGCCUACGUCAAGCUGUGCAAACAGCUCCACCCUGACGUCAAAGGCCCUGCGACAUCAAUAAAAGACCACAGCAAGUUCACUGAGCUCAACCAAGCCUACACGACCCUUAGUAAGCCUCUUGAUCGUAAGCACUACGAUGACACUCUGCUGCAUCCAGAGCUUCAAAAUGUCCAACAUACGGUGUGGAGGCAAACAUACGCACGGUAUGAAGAGCCAUUCAUGCACAGAAAGGGUUCUGAUGACCAUGAUGACGAGAGUCACGAUACGCCGAGAUAUGAGGACUUUGCUCAUCUGUACAAAGAAAAGAGAAGACAUCAUCAAAAUGCCAAGUUCUAUGUUGUCAUGGGGUGCUUUGUGUUGAUUGUUUCUGGUACUUGCCUCCAUUAUGCAGCAUUCAGGUAUGGAAGCUCCAACGACAUGAAGAAGAAGAUGCAAGAGAUCAGCCAAAAGAAUUGGGCAGACUACCACCAGUCCAGACAAGACUUCAAAACAUACGGCAUGGAAGGCCAGUUGGAGCGGCUUCUCAAUGUUAGACGAGAGAAACAAGAGGACAAAGACGAUAAAAGCAGUGAAGACCGAGAAUAGUGAGCCUUAACUACAUGUAAUAUAGCAACUAUAGGAACAUGUGUAAUAAAAUAUAGGUUUUCAAUUGCA